CCCGUCGGGGUAGGCUGCGCGCCGGAUAUAUCUAGCCGGCGGCAGAGCACGCCGUUGCGUGAGGUGCUUGUCGUCCGCCGGGCAGGCCUGUGGUGAAGCGACGCCUCCCGCUCCCGUCCCGCUCAGCCCGCAGUUUUCAGUUGACCAAAGAAAUGGUGAUGGAGAAGCCAAGUCCCCUGCUGGUCGGGCGGGAGUUCGUGAGGCAGUACUAUACUCUGCUGAACCAAGCACCUGACUAUUUGCACAGGUUUUAUGGAAAGAACUCUUCCUAUGUUCAUGGUGGCUUGGAUUCCAAUGGAAAACCAGCUGAUGCAGUCUACGGGCAAUCUGAUAUCCACAAGAAGGUGCUGUCAUUAAACUUCAAGGAUUGCCACACGAAGAUUCGUCAUGUGGAUGCCCAUGCUACUCUUAACGAUGGUGUUGUAGUCCAGGUGAUGGGAGAGCUCUCCAACAACAUGCAGCCUGUGCGCAGAUUCAUGCAAACAUUUGUACUUGCACCUGAGGGUUCUGUUGCGAACAAGUUUUAUGUCCACAAUGAUAUCUUCCGCUAUCAAGAUGAGGUUUUUGGUGACUCUGACACUGAGCCUCCAGAGGAAUCAGAGGAAGAAGGGGAGGAACCUGAGGAAAGACAGCAGACACCUGAGGCUGUUCCUGAUGAUACUGGUGCUUAUUACGAGCAGGCUGUCAGCAAUGACAUUGAGGAACACCUGGAAGAGACUGCUGCAGAGGCAGAGCCUGAGCCAGAGCCAGAACCUGAACAGGAAGCUGAACCAGAGGUGCAGGAAGAAAAAUCUGAGCCAGUAUUAGAGGAGUCGGCUCAAGAAGAGACUGUGGAAAAAAGUCCUUCUCCAGCUCCUGCUGAUCCAGCUCCUGCAGUGCAAGAGGACUCCAGGACUUUUUCCUGGGCAUCAGUAACGAGUAAGAACCUCCCUCCCAGUGGAGCUGUUCCAGUAUCAGGAAUACCACCUCAUGUUGUGAAAGUACCGGCCUCGCAGCCCCGCCCUGAGGCAAAGCCUGAAUCUCAGACCCCACCUCAGAGACCUCAGAGGGAUCAGCGAGUGAGGGAGCAGCGAACAAGCAUCCCACCACAGAGGGGUCCUAGACCAAUUCGUGAGGGUGAACAAGGCGAUGUGGAAACCAGACGGAUUGUGAGAUACCCAGACAGUCAUCAGCUGUUUGUUGGGAACCUUCCCCAUGAUGUGGAUAAAUCUGAGCUUAAAGACUUUUUCCAAAAACUUGGCUUUUCUCUUGCAGGCUAUGGCAAUGUUGUUGAACUCCGCAUCAACAGUGGUGGAAAGCUCCCCAAUUUUGGGUUUGUGGUGUUUGAUGAUCCUGAACCAGUUCAGAAGAUCCUUAGCAGCAGGCCCAUCAUGUUCAGGGGAGAGGUGCGCCUGAACGUGGAGGAGAAGAAAACAAGAGCUGCCAGGGAGGGUGACCGCAGAGAUAACAGACCACGUGGACCUGGAGGCACUCGUGGGGGGCUGGGAGGUGGGAUUCGAGGUCCUCCACGUGGAGGAAUGUCCCAGAAGCCAGGAUUUGGAGCUGGAAGGGGGAUCGGGCAACGCCAGUGAAUGCAUCGCGGAUGUUGACGUGGUGGCGCAAACCCUUUUUCCUGCAGAUUUGUGAAUUUCAGCCUUGGGUAUCUUGGAAUGUGGCCCUAGCCUGUUAUAGACUGCUACGUUUGAUACUAUUUUGGCCCCUUUUUGUUUGUGUUACGGUUUUGUGAUUUAUUUUUUUCUAGUCCUUGUCCCAGAUUCCAGCUUUGUGGAACAACGCUUUAGGAAAAGUGGAUUUUAAAAAGAAAAGAACUGAAUUUUCUUGUUCACCUCAAACUUACGGACUGGAUUUUUUUGGUACCAGUGGUUUUUCCUAAAGGAAUGUCUCUUUAUUUUUUUUUCUUUCUUUUUUUUUUCCUCCCCCCUUUCUACUGAAUUUGGGUGCAUUUCAGUCAGUGGAAUAUUAUUUCACGUGCAUGCGUUCACGAGCCUGUAGGAAAACUUAGUACUUGGCAAGUAUUUCAAGGGCAGAAAAACAAAACUAUUGUUUUAUUCUUUGAGGGUCAUGUGAACAUCCUCUGAUCCGGGGAUACUGCCACUUGAAAAAUUGACGUUCACCUUUCUCUUUGUGGCGCUGUAAAAGUGGAAUAAUGGGUAUCUGUAGAAUCCUUUUUUUUUUUUUUCUUUUGAUACAUGAUCAUGGAAAGGAAUUGGAACUACUGCUUUACCACUUUAAAAUUUUGGAUUGUGGGAUAGGUUUUAAAUGUCUAGAACUUGACUCUUAAAACACUUUUCCUGAACUUGUGAAAUUUUUUAUUGAAAUAGGGAGGUUUUUUUCAUGUUUAGUUUGUAUUUGUAUAAAAAAAAAAGAAAAAAAGCAAAAUUGUUGUGCCUUCUAUUUAUCUCUCAUUCCAGUCUUGGCAAAUUGUUAAAAAAAGAAAAAAAAGAAAAAAAAGAAACAAACAAACAAAAAAAAAAAAAUAAAAAAGGUCUAGAUUUGCUUUAUCAAGUCAAGAGUAUGUUGGAGUUUUUCCAAGGGUUUUCCGAGGUUGUUCUUUCAGUCACUAGGUUUACUAGGUAAAGGUGGGUUAUAGCUGAUGGUUUUUAAUACGUUCUGUUCAUCAGUUUGGCUGCGUUUAAAUAACUGAAAACAAGUACUUUUUGGAUGCUGAAUUGAAUGACUUGAGGCUGGGCAGGCCCCAUUACAAAUGUUACAAAAGUACAACUGAAGCAGAAAUACCUCUGUCACAUCCUUUACAGUUCAAGCUGCUGUAUGGAAUAGUUAGUUUUGCAGUUCAGGCAUGAAUUUCAUCCCUUGUUUCUACCAGAUCUGAAGUGAAUGGAUGGCAUUUCUAUCAGAAAUACAGGAGGUGCUUGUCUGUCCUGGUGUUAAAAAUGUUAAAUGCUUUCCACUGUCUCUGAAAGAAACUGAAAAUAAAAUGCAAAACUGGGUAAUUUCAACUAAAGGUCUUGUAAAUUGUACUGCACAAAGCAGUACUAUUUCUGUAAUGUGUGGUAUUAACCAGCUGGAUGGAAAUGGCAGGUUUGAGUCUACACCAGACCUUCAGAGCUCUUGGUGGUACAAAAGAGCUGCUUAGUGAGUUUGCUUAACUGUAUCAGGGCUCAUUGUUUCUGUUUUCUUGAUUUAUUAAUAUAAUCGCUGUGCAUAUGCAGUAUAUCUCUCUUGAGCUUUGCUUGCUUUAAAGCUUGAGCAAAGCUGCCCUUGCUCAAAGGGCAGGUAGGUAUUAC